CGGUCACCUGGAGCUGUGAUUGGCUCAGAGCUGUGAUCCGGGUACUCCGCUACCACCAGCCCAUUAGCUAAAGGUACCAAUAUGGCGGAGGCUUCCCUAGGGAGUUCAAGUCCAGUUGGCUCUUUAUCAUCAGAGGAUCAUGACUUUGACCCAACAGCAGAAAUGUUAGUUCAUGAGUAUGAUGAUGAGAGGACUCUGGAGGAGGAAGAGUCUCUAGAAGGCGGAGGGAAUUUCAGCUCUGAAAUUGCAGAUCUGGAAAAGGAAGGGAACAUGCCUUUGGAGGAACUGUUGGCCAUCUAUCGCUAUGAAGCCUCAGCAGGCUCCAGUAUAGACAGCUCCUCUGGAGACCUGACUGAUGAGCUGCCAGACAUGACUUUGGAUAAGGAGGAAAUAGCUAAAGACCUACUAUCUGGGGAUUACGAGGAGGAGACACAGUCUUCAGCUGAUGAUCUGACCCCCUCAGUUACCUCCCACGAGGCCACUGAUUUCUUCCCAAGAACACUUCGAUCUAAUGCUAUCUCUGAUGGUGAUAAAGAGUCAGAGUGUGAUGAAGAUGGCCCAAGUCCAGAAGACUCAAGAAAGGAAAUAAUGGUGGGAACAGAAUAUCAAGCAGAGGUUCCUUCUGGCCUCUGUCACUACAAAGAUGGAGAGAAAGUGUAUGAAGAUGAAGACGAGUUAUUAUGGAGCCCAGGUAUAUUGUCAGAAAACAAGGUUAGGAGUUUCCUGUCUGAAGUAUUGUCCCGGACAGCAGAUGAAAAGACGGGAUGCGACAAACCAGGGAUGCACGUUCGAGACAAUGAGCAGGCUUUGCAUGAGCUUGUCAAAUACAACUACAACACCCGUGAAGCACUAGAAAGAUACUGCAGCCAUGUGAAGUCGUCAAAAGAAAAAUCACCUCCGUGGUCAGAAGAGGAAUGCAAGAACUUUGAACAUGCUCUACAGAUGUAUGACAAGAAUUUUCACCUCAUACAGAAACACAAAGUCACAACACGAACAGUAGCAGAAUGUGUGGCAUUUUACUACAUGUGGAAAAAGUCGGAGCGCUUUGACUUCUUUGUGCAGCAGAAUCGGUUUGGGAAGAAAAAGUACAGCAGCUAUCCCGGCGUAACUGACCUGAUGGACAGGCUGGUGGAUGAAGCAGAGGGGCUGGCAGUAGACAGCUCCUCCUCGGUGUGUUCAGGAGCUGGUGGAGGAGGAAGGCUGGAGAGCACCACAGAACAGCAGCUCAGCUUACUCAACUCCAUCACUGCCAGUGACCUCACAGCUUUGAGCAACACUGUAGCCACAGUAUGCAGCCCUGCAGAGGUUGGUUGCCUGGAUUCCUACAGCUUUCCCCCGCUGGAAAGCCUCCAUCGCGGAUCCCUGAACCACGAGGAAUCCCUCGGGUUCCCUUCGAACGGCACGGACCCCGACUGCCUCAACAUGCUCGACGCCGGCUUCUACCACUCGGACCUGGGCCAGCUAGGAGGAGUGUGCGUCAACAAGGACUGCGAGCGACCCUCCAAGAGACUCAAGAUGGCGCUGCCUGACUCCUUUAUUAAUGACGUGUCCGUCGGUAACCUUGGGGUGGACUUUGAAGCGCGACGGACAACAACGCAUCACCACCGAAUCACCGGCGCCAAAAUGGCCGUCUCCGUCACAGACUUUGGGAGCUUGGCCGGCAGCGGUGAGCCCAACGGGUUCCUGGGAGCACACGCACGGCACCACACACAGCACACUGCAGCACUUCAGUCAGAGUGAUCUUCCUCAUCUUGUCCCCUGUUCUUCCCUUUUGAAACCCCUUUUCCUGCCUGUACAUAAGACUGACCUCACUGGAAAAUCCAAUUUGUUUAAAUUCUAUUAUAUAUAUAUAUAUAUAUAUAAAUAUACAUAUCUAUAUAUAUGUAUAUGAAUAUACUUUUGUUUUCAUUUUUGUGUAAUAUGACAUCAGUGAUGUCUAUCAUAUAGAACUAAAAUCUUGAUUUCUCUCAAGAGUUUAUAUAGCCAUUUAUUUUAUUUUUGUGUUCUGGUCUUGAGAUGUGUAACGUCCAUGUACAGUGGGGCCCAGAGGCUGCAGUAGGAGAGUUGUGUAUCUUCCUCCCUCACAUCUACACACAACAUCUUCAGAGCUACAGUAUGUUAUCCUGCCAUUCUUUUCAGCUGCCAAAAAAAGGCUUUUUCUUAUUUUUCUUUUUUUUUUUUUUUUUUGCCUGUUGGUAUUUAGUUGGCUGUCUUUGUUGAUUGAAGUGGUACUUCGUUUUUUUCUUCUUUUUUUUUUUUUUAAAAAAUAGUGUUUGGUUUACAGGUACGUUACAGUAACCAGACUGGUGCAGAUGGUUUUAGUUGAUCCCGAAUACACCUGGGUACAUAUCGUACGAAGAGCAACACUAGGAGAUCAACUUGGAGACCGGGAAGAGUCGUGGCUUUAGCUGCUAAGUUCCUCCAGUUUAGUUUUCUUAUUUCUCUCCUGUGGAAGUCGGUAGUUUGCUUUUGUUCAAAGUGGCCAAACUGGAACACGAGAAUGUUUUCAACAGUUCACUUUCUAUCCUUUGUAGUCAAAUUACAGGCCUUUUUUUUUUUUUUUUGUUCGUAUACAGGUGGUUAAAGACUACCUGUGGCAUAAUGGGAGUCAUCUCGCUUUAUAGGAAGAGAUCUGCAAAAUAUAUGACAGCAAUAUUGAAAUACAAAUAUGUUGCUCGGGUUAAAAGCCAUUGAAACACAGACACAGUAACGCAAGACUUUAUUGCAUUAUCUUGUACCUUUCUUAGAUUUCAUUUAAUCCUUUCAAUUCAUGCUUCCACUCAUGUUACCCGUAGGCGAGUUGUAUACGUUUUUUGUUAUCGUAAAAUAUGUUUCUAAAUCAAGUAACCCCAUUUUCAGACCACUAGCGAGCUUGGGUAACCCUUCUAGCAGUAUUAUUAUCUUUAUUUAAAGCUUCUCUGGUUUUUGUAUCGAACCUCUGCCUAGCCUGUACUGACUACAGAUGCCUUUUGAAAUCUGGUCGACAAUUUCUAGUAGCCGAAAUGGAAGCGUUUCCGCUUGACUGAAGUCCAUAAUUGUGAAUUGUAAAAUGUUUAGCGAGUCGGCGUCGGUUGAUUGGAUGCAGUAGUAGUGUUUACUUAAUUUAUCUAUGCAUUGUGCUAUGAAUAUUUAGUUUGUUUCAGGGGUACAUCAUGUUUGUCAUGUCCACAGAGCUACUAUUUCACCAUUGCGUGUUUGUGCGCGUGUGUACAGACAGGAUUCACGCCUAUUGCCCAUUAUUAAGUUUGAUCAAGUAAUUUCGUUUCCAAGCCCAACAUCUGAGAGAAUAUUCACGUCUGCGUUUCAUGUAAAUAAUUAGCAAAUAGCCUUUAAAAAGUCUAUUAACUGACCUCUUACACUUGUGAAUCUGUGUUCAUACAAAGGUUUUAAUUUGAUUCCUUGUCAGAAAGGCAAUAAUUUGUAGAUAUGUACAGAUUUUUUUUUUUUUUUUUUUUUUCUUCCUUUCUUGCAUUUUACUGGUUGACUGGGUGUAUUUUCAUUUCUUUUUCGGUUUGGAAAGUCACGAUACCCAGACGCCGGGGUCACAGCUGAAACCCACGCAUGCCAGCUGUGCCUGUUUCUCAAGUGUACCACUGAAAACGGCUUUACCUGAAGACGUAUUGAUGUUACUCAAUGUUGCAAUUUUUGCAUCUGAAACUUGCAGCCAUGUGUAAAAGACACUCAUCUUUUCUUUCCUUGGAGAAAAAAAAUUUAAUCUUUUUACAUGUUGUCGUCUAUAUUUGUCUUGAUGGUAAAGGGAUGGCUGCUGCUCUAAGUAUGUGGAGAGCCAGUUUCUCUUUAAAUGCAAUGUGCAUAAUGCAGUAGGUCCUCCAAGCUCUUCUAGCUUUAGCAGUGCAGUGAUAUUUAUUUCACCUGUGGUUUGUACAAAGACUCAGAAAAACUGUCAGAAUGUAAAGGCCAUUAAGUAGUAGAAGUAGGUUUUUUUUUUUCACCACCCUGUGAACUCUCGAAAAUGUGAUAUUUUAUUGAUAUCUCUGGUAUGAGACUUGUGUGUGCAAGAAAGCACUAAACAAAUUUAUUUUAUAUUUUGUAUUGUGUUUUGAAGUUUAAAAAAGACAAAAAAAAAAAAUACAGCAGCAGUUGUGGUUUUGGAAAAAGAAAACUCCAGUCCUUUGAUGAAAACACCUUUGUGAAUAAAAAAAACAACCUACAAAACUUAAAAAUGUAUAUCCAGAAAUAUAGACAAUCAAAAACUUCACUAUGAGAAAUGUUCAAGAAGCUAUCUUUAUUGUUUAUAAGAAUUGUACAUAAACAUUGAGUUGUUUUUUUUUUUUUCUUUUGUUAAACAUUAUUUUGUAUUUUCUGUUGUACUUUAAUACCUUGUGUACAGAUCCAGAAAUAAAGCUCUGGAAAAGGUUCAGAGAUAA